AUGUACCUGAAAGAAGGAUGCUCACUACUCCUAAAAGUCCAAAAACCAAUCAUCCCCUUCGUCCUCAACACAAACCUCCUCUCUCAACCUCCAAACCCAACAACAAAUCUCAAAGAAUCACACGUCCUAAAACGCCUCAGACAAGAGCCAUGUGUCCCUUUAGCUCUACACUUCUUCAAAUCCAUUACCAACUCAAAUCUCUUCAAACACACACCUUUAACAUUCGAAGUCAUGAUCAGGAAGCUAGCCGUUCACGGUCAGGUCGAUAGUGUUCAGUAUCUUUUGCAACAGAUGAAGCUCCAAGGCUUUCACUGUUCUGAAGAUUUGUUUGUUAAUGUUGUUAGUGUGUACAGACAAGUGGGUUUGUCUGAACGAGCUGUGGAGAUGUUUUAUAGGAUAAAGGAGUUUGGGUGUGAACCUUCUGUUAAGAUAUAUAACCAUGUUUUGGAUACUUUGCUUGGUGAGAAUAGGAUUCAGAUGAUUUAUAAGGUUUAUAGAGACAUGAAGAGAGAUGGGUUUGAGCCUAAUGUGUUUACUUAUAAUGUUCUUCUUAAGGCUUUGUGUAAGAAUAAUAAGGUGGAAGGUGCUCAGAAGUUGUUGGUUGAGAUGGCUAAUAAAGGUUGUUCUCCUGAUGCUGUGAGCUAUACGACUGUGAUCUCGUCUAUGUGUGAGAUUGGUUUGGUGAAGGAAGGUAAGGGACUUGCAGCGAGAUUUGAACCUGUUGUGAGUGUUUAUAAUGCUUUGAUUAAUGGGUUAUGCAAAGAGGGUGAUUACAAAGGGGGUUUUGAUUUGAUGAGAGAGAUGGUGGAGAAGGGAGUGUCUCCUAAUGUUAUCUCAUACUCAACGCUUAUCAACGCGCUUUGUAGUUGUGGAGAAACCGAGCUCUCUUUUUCGCUGCUGGCGCAGAUGUUGAAACGAGGGUGUCAUCCGAAUGUACAUACAUUGAGUUCUCUAGUGAAGGGUUGUUUUGUAAGAGGAACGAGCAACGUUGAUGCUGUAGAAUUGUGGAGAUCAAUGAUCAUAGGGUUUGAGUUGCAACCAAACGUUGUAGCGUUUAAUACUUUGGUGCAAGGACUUUGUUCCCAUGGCGAUAUGAAGAAGGCUAUGUCUGUCUUUUCACACAUGGAGGAAAACGGAUGUUCUCCAAACAUCAGAACUUACGGCUCUCUGAUCAACGGAUUCGCUAAAAGAGGUAGCCUCGAGGGAGCUGUUGACACAUGGAACAAGAUGCUAACUAGUGGAUGUUCCCCAAACGUUGUGGUGUAUACAAGCAUGGUGCAAGCUCUUUGUAGACACUCCAAGUUCAGAGAAGCUGAGUCUCUUAUAGAUAUUAUGUCCAAAGAAAACUGUGCUCCUUCUGUGGCGACGUUUAACGCGUUUAUCAAAGGCUUAUGUGAUGCAGGGAGGCUUGACUGGGCAGAGAGAGUGUUCAUACUAAUGGAGAAGCAGUACAAGUGUCCUCCAAAUAUUAUAACGUACAAUGAGUUACUAGAUAGACUCUCAAAGGCAAACCGAAUAGAAGAAGCUUAUGGUCUCACCAGAGAGAUCUCCAAGAGAGGUGUGGAGUGGAGUUCAUCUACUUAUAACACGCUUUUACAUGGUUCAUGCAAUGCAGGUCUUCCCUGGAUAGGUUUGCAGGUAGCAGGGAAGAUGGUCGUUGAUGGUAAAUCUCCUGAUGAGAUAACGAUGAAUAUGAUCAUAUUAGCGUAUUGCAAACUAGGGAGAGCUGAGAGGGCAGUUCAGAUGUUGGAUCAAUGUGGAGGAAGAAAGUGGAGGCCAGAUGUAAUCUCGUACACAAACGUGAUAUGGGGUCUAUGCAGCUCUAGUUGUAGGGAAGAUGCAGUGAUUCUUCUUGAGAGGAUGGUAAGUGAAGGGAUUGUCCCAAGUGUUGCUACAUGGAAUGUAUUGGUUCGUUGUUUCAUCAUUGAUGAUAACUUGAGCUCAUGAUUAGUUUACCAUAUGGCAAGUUCAAACUUGUUCAUUUUAGUUGGGAAGGCAUUUGCUUCUAUGUGUGACUUAGAAGCAUCAACUGUGGUGGAUAUGUGGAAAUUUUGUGAUCAUAUAGAAGCUUUAGCUUAAGGGGUCUUCACUGGACUCUUCAAGAACUCACAAGAUAACAUUUCCAUCGUUGCAAGAGAAACCAGACGGCUAAUUUUUGGUAUGUGACAACGCAUUGCUGAGAGAUUCCUAAAGCAAAAAUGAUGCGACAGAUGCUCUUAAGCCAUGCUUCAAGUGUAAUAUGAUUAUUUGGUCAGCACUUUUUGGUUUCAGUAUGAAGAUCCAAUACGUCAAGAAGCUGCUUGAAACAAAAUAUUUCCUAAAUUGGAGCUCAAGGAGAUAGUUUUAGAUUCUUCGGCCAAGAUUUUGAGUUUAUAUUCGUUUGCGUAUGAUGAGUAAAACUAUAUUGGUCUGAUAUUGAAACCCUUAUGAAAGUUUAGGUAAAGG